UUCGUUUCUGACUGACAGCCGAGCUAUAAAUGUCAGGUGUCGGUCCUGAAGAGGCACUGAGGAAAAUGUUUUCAUGGGGAGAGGACUGUCAGCGGGGGUUCUGUUUAAAAGACGGCUCAAAUACCGACAGUAAGACAGAGGAUGGAGUUCAUUAUUUAAACCUCAGUUAUCACAUCAGGGAUCUGUCCGCAGGUCACAAUGUGCUCGCUUUUGUUAAAACUAAUGGAGAUGCGUUCAUCAUUCGCACAAACGAGAGCAAAGAUGGGAGAAGAGUCGGAGGAAAACAGAAGUUAGUGAAGUGUAAAGAGAAGAUUCAGGCUGUGAGUUGUGGUGAUAAUGUGGUCACACUGUUGUCUGAGAGAGGAACAGUUCGCUGUGUGGACAUAUCUCACACUUCCACUCCAAGGCCACUGGAGGCUUUGAGCUACAUACCAGUUUGUCAGGUAGCUUGUGGGAGCCAGCAUUCAGUAGCCUUGACCAAAGAUGGUCAGGUGUACACAUGGGGUCUGGAUUCCAGGGGCCAGUUGGGUCUGGGAAAGAGAAGGCCUGGUGUCAGCUCACCCCAACACCUUCAAUCUCUGUCAGCAACCCCCCUGGUUCAGAUCUCUGCUGGGGGAGAGCAGAGCUUCGCCCUCUCUGUCUCUGGAGGUGUGUUCAGCUGGGGCAGAAACGACUGUGGACAACUCGGGCUGGGAGACACAACAGACAGACACACACCAACUCCUGUUCCUUGUCUGAACAUGAAGAAAACUAUUCACAUUUCCUGUGGGAGGGAUCACACUGCCAUCUUAACAAAGGAUGGUGCAGUGUUUACAUUUGGCUCUGGUCAAUAUGGACAACUUGGGCACAACUCAUUCACUGAUGAACUUUGUCCUCGUCUUGUUGCAGAGUUCUUUGGGGCAAAGGUCACCAAGAUAGCAUGUGGACAACAUCACACACUAGUGUUGACAGACUCCAAGAGGGUUUACUCCUUCGGGUGUGGAGAGCAAGGGCAGCUGGGACAUGGAGAUGAGAGUCAUCCAUCUGUGCCACUACCUGUUCAAUUGCCACAAGAUGGUGAUGGUCCCAGAAUUAGAAACAUCUUCGCAGGAGGAAACUGCUCAUUUGCAACAUGCACAGCUAUUGAGAAUGCACAGGAGGACUCAAACACUAACAGUGUCAGUAAAGUAGCACAACACUGUCUUGAUGAUAUGAUUGACAAAUGGACUUCUAAUUGUGAUUCAAAGUCAUGGAAAAAGAUAAAACAGGAAAUCCACAGGACUUUUUCCUCUGCGUCCUGUGUUAAUAAAAGCUUCCUAGAUCAAAGCAAAGAUAAACAUUUCCAGACCUCACCAAAGUACCCAGGCUUGAACUUGCCACUUGCACGACUUGCUUUCAAGAAACUGAUAAAGAGGGAUGAUGUUUUGGCAGAGGUUGAGGCUGCUGUCCUGCACUUGCUUCAAUCGUUGUAUAAGAAGCCGGUGGGAGUGGAGGGGCUGAGGAUAUUCUUGAUUCUCAGUGAGCUUCUGCAUGUGAUCCAGAAACACAAUCAGCAAAAGAGCACAAAACUCGCUGAGGCAGUUGCUGCUGCUGUGCUUAGUUUGUCUGCUGAGAGCCUCCAGGUCAUAGGGGACUGGUGGUCCUCACUAUCAUCCUCCACCAUGGUUGAACAUGUUAAGGUCUGGAAGAAGGCCCUCUCAGUCAUCCUAUCCUUCACGCCCAUUCCUCGCAACUCUGCAGUCAAUCUUCUACUAGUCCUCCAACAUAUGUACAAUGCCAAUGACAGGAUUGGAAGGCGUCAGAGAAUCCCAGAAAAAACAUAUUGUUUGGGAAUCAGUCGAGAAAUUCUUAUAGAAGACCUGCUGUCUUGGCGUUCAGAGUCAAUAGACAAGGAUAUGAAUCAUCAGCCACUAUUCAUACAUAAUUUCCCAUUUGUGAUGGAUCUGAAAUCAAAGAAAAUGGCUUUUGACAUCAGUGCUGAAUACACUCAGAGAGAGCACCAGAACCCUGGCCUGUCUGGAUGUGUUGAACAUCUGAUCUUUUACUUUGAACUGAAGCUGAAGCGAGCGUCUCUUUUGGAAGGCACUUUCAAACAGUUGGCUGUAGCUCAUCACACUGCCUUCAAGAAGCCACUUGUGGUCUAUUUUGAUGAGGACCCAAAGAUCACAGAUGUCUACAAAAGAGACUUAUUUCACCACUUGUUUCAUGAUAUGAUGUCAACUAAAUCGUUGAUGUUCAUGUUCAGUGACUCCAAAACUCUGGCAUGGUUCCCCUCUCAAGCAACAGAGGAGGACAAGACAAACUUCUUCCUGUUUGGGGUUCUGUGUGGGUUGGCCCUGUACAACAAGUGCAUCAUACACUUACCUUUCCCAUUGGCUCUGUUCAAGAAGCUGCUCGGUCUAAAGCCAACACUGGACGAUCUGAUGGAGCUCAGCCCAUGUGUUGGAAAGAGUCUACAGUAUGCUUUAGACUAUGAAGACGACCUACUAGACCUGUACAUGUAUUUUACGAUUGACUGGGAUGGGACAGAGGUUGACCUUGAUCCUGAAAAUCCUGGAAAGCCAGUAACAAGUCAAAACAAGAAGGAGUUUGUGGAUGCCUAUGUGAAUCAUGUCUUCAACACAUCAGUGGAGAGUGUGUUUCAGGAGUUCAAGCGAGGCUUCUUCCUGGUGUGUGACGGGAUUUCGGUGAAGCUGUUUCGGCCAGAGGAACUGCAGGGAGUGCUGGUGGGCAAAGAUGUCUAUGACUGGGCAAAGCUGAAACAGAACACAGUUUAUGAGCAGCAAUACCACAUUGGUCACCCCACCAUUAAGAUGUUUUGGGAGGUGUUUGAUGAACUAACUGAAGAACAGAAGAAAGAUUUCCUUUGGUUCCUGACUGGCUUUAGGAAGGUUCCUAUUCUUGGCAUGGACCAGAUCCAGAUGAAGGUUCGAGAUAAGAUGAUACAGAGCAGCUCCUACGAUCAGCACUUCCCUGAGUCUCUGACAUGUCACUCUAUUCUGGAGCUGCCCAUUUAUUCAACAAAGGACAUCAUGCGUAACAGACUGAUAGAGGCCCUGAUACCAGACAGAGGAUUCUAGAUGUGAAGGUUGAUCAACAGCUGCAUGUAUUAUAGGAUUACUUUCAACUUUAGGAUAGAAACAAAAUAACUGCACUGAAUGCACAUGACUUAUCAUUGAGUUUUUUAUAUAUCAGGAACAAAAGUCUGAUUUUCCUCUUUUGCUCAGACCAAGCUGAAAUAAACAAAAACAGUGCAUUUGCCACUUUAUUAUGUGCACCUUAAAAAUCGAAAUGCAAUCCAAUACAGCAGUCCUCUAAUAAGUCUUUGUUAAGUUUACAACAUUCACUCUGAUUCUGUGUGAGAGAGUUGUAAGUUUCAACUAUUUGAUAAUUUAUGGAUUUGUGGUUCUGUUGAUUUGUAUUAUUCAAUAUACUGAAAUGAGUAGAUGGGGUGGUACAAAAUAAUAUUGUUGUUAUUACUGUUGGAUAAACCAAAAGUUGUGUGUAACUAAGAUGGAUUCUUUAAGAAUGUUUGACCUUUGUUUAAGUGAUUUAUGUUGUAGUGCUGGGUGCCACUGUUUUUCCAUUAUUGUAUUGUACAUUUUGUUUGUAGCCUACAUCAUACUAUGUAACCAUGGUAUUGAGUAAGUGAAAAAAAAAAAUCUGGCAUCAGAAACAGCUCAGUGUGAAAACUUAUUUACCACAUGUAAAAUUUGUUAUUUGAAAAUGAUGGAACAAUAAAAUAUAUAUAUAUAUAAA